AAAAGUGACGACGACGACGCCCAUGGAGGUGACGACAAACAGACCAAAAACGGCUGCAGAACUUCCUGAAGACAAUCCGUUCUCUAUUUUGUUGCAAAAAAGUAGAAUGGCCAAUCUCAAAUUGGGAGAUUUUGAAAAUAAGGGAGCAAAGGAUUCCGAUCCUGAACCAGAACCGUUUGAAAGAGCUGAUAACCACCAAGCUUAUCACCACGAGAUGGCUACCAAUAAAGCGAGAAAAGAGACGACACAUAGGCACAGAUUUGCUGCUUCCCUUAAGGCACCGACCCCCACCCCACACAAGAAGGUUACCACCGCCCCCGCUGCCCCCAAAACUUCGGACGUUCUUAUUCCCCCACCACCAUCCCCCUUCCAGAAGACCCUCAUCUUCAUCAUUCUCCAAAAAGCUCUCGAAAACAAUAAAGAUAAGUCUUCUCCCCCUCAUUUCAGCACGUUUCCCCUCCUCCCCAACCCUCCAAAACCGUCCAAGAAAUCCUCCAAACCGCAAAAAACCUCUAAACAAACCACCAAAAACAAAGACUUAGAAAUUCUCGAAAAACUAAUCCGGAAAUCAAAACUCGCCCCACCCCCGCCCCGACCGGCCGGCCCUUCCAUGCUCUCGAUGGACCACUUCUCCUCCUACGAGGACGAUCUACCCGACUACUUCUUCUCAUCCGCAGAACUCUUCGGUUAUCCGGGCAGCGAACAACACCACUCCCGCCUCCGAAGCGGCGGAGAAACGGAUCACUUCCGGUCAACAAAACCACAGAAAAAACAGCAAAAAGAUAACCACCCAGCGAAAAAUGAUGUCUUCUUCCCCCCGAAAUUCAAUCCCCUCAAAAAAUCCGGGGAUUACGACAACCAAGACUAUUUUUUCUCGUCUCCAGAACUUUUCGGUUUUCCGGGCGAAAAACAUUUCGGGCCACCAAAACCGCAAAAAAAGCCGCAAAAAGAUGCAAAAAAUGAUAUAUUUUUCCCACCCUUAAAAUUCAUCCCCGCCAUAAAAUCCGCGGAUUUUCCUCAUUACGAACACGACGACUUUUUCUCAUCUGCAGAACUUUUCGGUUUUCCGGGUGAACAUCACUUAUCAAGCCUCUCGUCAACAAAACCACAGAAAAAGCAGCAAAAAGAUAACCACCCAGCCAAAAAUGACCUCGACCUUGAUUUCUUCUCAACUCAAGAACACUUCGGUUUUCCGGGUAGCGAACAGCACCACUCCCGCCUCCGAUCCGGCGGAGUGGAUCACUUCGGGUUAUCAAAACCACAAAAAAGCCAACAAAAAGAUAACCACCCGGCGAAAAACGAUGUCUUUUUUCCUCCUCUGAAAUUCAAUCCCGCCACAAAAUCCGAUUUCUCGGCGCCACCCCUGCCACCAUCUUUCUUUUGGGAUUUCCCCCAGCAGAAAGAGCGACCCCCACGAUUCGCCCCCUCAUCGUCCUACAUGGACGACGACGUCCCUAUUUUCGACUACCCGGCGACCUUUGACCUCGACGAUUUCAAUCAUCACGAAGACGAACAUAACUUCAUAAUUCCGCCAGCGCCACCAGCACGCAAGCAGAAAAUUCAGAAAAACCCUGUCAAACAUGCCCCAAUUGUACCCGACUUUUUCGAUCUGGCUCUAAAUGAUGACAUCUUGUAUUAAAUUUUUUGAAUUGUGUAUUAAAUUUUACAAAUUAUUAUUAAACUUUCCGAAUUACUACUAAAUUUUCCGAAUUAUUAUUGA